AUGAUUUAUAUACUUUUUAGCAUAAUCCUUCUUCUCAGUACCGUGACUUCAGCCAUUGACAUCCCAUGUUCUUAUUCAAAAGGAUCAAAGAAUAUCACGGACAUCAAAGGUCCUGAAAAGUUUGAAUGCUCAGUUUUAGAUAAAUUUGAGGUUAAGACACGUGGUGUUGCUGUUUACAACAUUAAGAAUACAAAUUCGACACAAACUCAUCGACCAAAUAGCAUUGAAGACGUAAUAGCUUUAAAAAUUGGAUUUAAACUUUUAAACUUCAUACCAAGCGGAAUUGGAAGGCUCUUGCCUAAGCUAUUAAAGUUAAAAGUAACAAACUGUGAAUUAAAGGAAGUUAUGCAAGUUGACUUGAUGCAAUUUCCACACUUGAGGAUUCUUGAACUUUCGACAAAUGACAUUGAAGUUAUUGGAAAAGAUUUGUUCAAGUUUAAUCCGAGUUUGGAGUUGAUAGAUUUAAAUUACAACAACAUUAAGGAAAUAGCAGGCAAUGUCUUUGAUGAUUUGAAGCAUUUAAAGUACUUGAGGCUGACUGGAAAUCUAUGCACACAAUUAAGUAGUGAAAAUAUUCAAAAAAUCAUCAAAAAUGUCAAGGAAAUGUGUUCAGGCACAGCACACAAGUCUCAAAAAGAUGACGACAAUGAGCCCAAGAAGCAUAAGAAACUUGACGUCAGUCAUGGAACUAAAUUUUGGAUUUUUGUUGGAUUUGGGGUAGUUUCUGGAUUUAUAGUUGCUGGUGGAUUGAUCUUGAUUGUUUAUCGGAUCAUCAAGCCAUCCAUUUAA